AUGUUCAGCAUCCAGCAAGGAAUCGCCGCUUCCGAUGGCAACACACCCGGCAGCCAUUCUUACCUCUUCGAUGACUGUGAAGACCUUUUGAAUAUAAGACUGGCGGGCGAGGACACAUCUGCGGCCUUCAAUACCAAAGACACUCCUUUCGCCGCCUUUAAUCAAUUCCGAGUCUACGAGCCAUAUACCGAAUCUGGACCAUCCUCAGUACAUCCCGGAGACUCUCACGACGAUUAUGAGCGAGGUGGAAGUCAUACGAGCAGUAAAGAUGAGAUGAACUCGCUUGACUCGGCGGCCGCCACUGGCUCAUCUGCUGGGCGGCUGAAGAGAAAAAGAAAUGCAAUCCCCUCUGUUCAGUCUACACAAGCAAGCAGCAUGAGCACGGCACCUACCAAACAUCCAGUCGAGACAACUACGUCAGCACCACUCAGACGUCUUGCAAGCUUACAGCUGGAAAGUCCGAAGGUGCAGUCAAGAACACCAAGAACAAUCCGUCUAGAAGAACCGGUGUCAUCUACGCCCGAGACACCUGGAUCAGUUGGUCACCGACAGAAUUUAUUUCCUUCGGCAUACCCUCAAGUGGUUAAGAAGGCCACCGCUGAGCCCCGAGCAAGGUCCUCGAUACCGAGCUCGCUUCGCCCUGAGGAGUUCGCGCGGCAAUGCAUCGUUGCCGCUUACUCUUCUAGGCUCAAUCCUUUUGCGCUGCACCACCGAGAAUACACGCUGUUGCGGGAGCAUAUCAGCCAUGCACAGGUGACGAUAUACCUCAAUAUCAGGAACGCUAUUCUCCGACUUUGGACCCGAAAUCCACUUGCUUAUGUUACUCCAGUGGAAGCGGCUGGGUGCGCGAAGGAGACUCGAUACUUUGCGCUUGCCCAGGUCGCAUAUGGGUGGCUAUUAAGACAGGGGUAUAUCAAUUUCGGUUGCGUCGAAGUACCUAAUACUGCCGGCUCAAUACCUCGACUCAAGGCCAAAGGUGGCAAAAGGAAGACCGUUGUCGUUAUUGGUGCUGGGAUGUCGGGACUGGGUUGCGCAAGACACAUCGAAGGACUCAUUGCGCAGUUUGGACACAAGUGGACCGACAAUGGAGAACGACCACCAAAAGUCGUUGUGCUUGAAGGCAGACAUCGAAUUGGCGGGCGGGUGUAUUCCCACGAGCUGCGUGAACAAGCUGAUGCAGACCUCCCACCGGGACUCCGUAGUACAGCAGAAAUGGGUGCCCAGAUUGUCACCGGGUUCGAGCAUGGUAAUCCCAUGAACAUCAUCAUCCGUGGGCAGCUCGCAUUGCACUACCAUGCACUCAGAGAUAAUACCAUCCUCUACGAUCACGAUGGAAAGAUAGUCGACAGAGAUCGAGACGCAAUGGCGGAGAAGCUCUACAAUGACAUACUGGAGCGAGCGAGUGUUUACCGUCACAAGCCAGUGCCACCCCCAACUGUAGAAGGGGACAGGACUCUGGUUUAUUGGGGGCGAGAUCCAACCAGCGAGAAUGGGGUCACCAUUGCAAACCUAGAAGACUCGGGUGCUUCAGUCGCCGUUGCAAGCGCCAAGCAGGGAAAGGCCAAGGACAGCGGUCUAGGCAGUGGGCCGGCAGGCGUGGAAAAGCUAGCUGGCAGAGCAUACCUUCUUACUGGGACGAGCUCGAAUACUUCUGCGUCAGAAUCAGCAAAAGCUAUGGGCUGGUCUCUCAAACCGGGUAUAACAGCAAAUCGAUCAGUUGAUCUCGAGCCCAGUGCCAAAGCCUCCUGUUUCCCAACAUUGGGCCAAACCAUGGAUGUCGCCAUCAAGCAAUACCAGAACUUGAUACACUUGACCCCUAGCGACAUGCGCCUUCUCAAUUGGCAUCACGCAAACCUUGAGUAUGCCAAUGCGGUCAACGUAAACCAGCUCAGUCUCGGUGGCUGGGACCAGGACAUUGGCAAUGAGUUCGAGGGAGAACACACCGAGGUGAUCGGCGGUUAUCAACAGGUGCCUCGAGGGCUCUGGCAAUGUCCGACAGUGCUUGACGUUCGCUUUGAUACGAAAGUCGCUGCCAUCCGGUACAACCGCGAGAGCGAAGCAGGAGGGCUGGUAGAAUGCGAUGAUGGCCAAGUCUUUGAAGCCGAUAGCAUCGUAUGCACGUCAUCUCUGGGAGUCCUAAAAGCAAAUUCCGUUACCUUCGACCCGCCGUUGCCAGAAUGGAAGCAGGGGGCCAUCGACCGGCUUGGUUUUGGCUUGCUGAACAAAGUCGUGCUGGUGUAUGAUAAACCCUUCUGGGAAGAGGACCGUGACAUGUUCGGACUUCUGAACGAGGCUGAAGUACCCGACAGCAUUGACCCCGAGCACUACUGUUCUCGUCGUGGCCGUUUCUACAUGUUCUGGAACUGCAUCAAGACAAGCGGCAAACCAGUGCUAAUAGCGCUUAUGGCUGGAAAUGCUGCUCGCGCGACAGAAGCAAGCAGCAACGAGGAGCUCAUCGAGGAAGUCACGGCAAGGCUGUCGAAGGUGUUUGCACCUGCUCCUGUCCCACGACCAUCCGAAGCCAUUAUCACACGGUGGAAGAAGGAUCCUUUCGCACGCGGCAGCUACUCGUACGUCGGGCCGUCCUCACAGCCGGGAGAUUACGAUGCGAUGGCGCGACCGAUUGGCAAUCUAUUCUUCGCGGGCGAGGCUACUUGCGGGACACACCCUGCUACUGUCCAUGGUGCAUAUCUCUCUGGACUUCGCGCAGCGUCAGAGGUCAUCGAGUCCAUGCUUGGGCCUAUCGACAUCCCAACGCCUCUCGUCCCAUCCAGGGUGAAGCAAGAUCCCGGCACUCCAACCAUCUCUGGAGCAAAGCAUGGAUCGGACGAGACCAACAAGAAAGGAAGCCCGGGUUUCAAAAAGGCGCAGGACGAAGACUACGAGUUCUCAGUUCUAUGCGCCAUUCUCCACGAGAUCGGCGAGCGUCCACUCAAACCUGCCAAAGCGGGGGUGAACCCAUUUAUCCUCUUCACGAAAGACCACUGGGAACAGUGCAAGGCCGAGUGCGAGAAGACCCGUAGCGAAAACAGCAAAGCUCAGAAGAACGAGGUCCGGGCGGCCAUCGGUGUCAUGUGGCGCAAUGCCAGCGAUCAGGUCAAGCGGCCCUACCUCGAGGCGGCGGAAAAUGCGAGAGACAACACCGCCGCCAGCACCGAGGAGUUUAAGCUAAACGUCGCCAAAUGGGAUCGUGAGGCCGUUCGGAUUAGAAAGGAAUACAUCACGAAGAACCCGCGGCCGACUGGAGCUAAUAACGGUUCCGCUUCAGCGCCGGCUUCAGAGCACGCGAGUGGUAGGAGAUACAGUGGGAGGCGGCAAUCAUGA